AGCCUGGAGGUCAGCUGCAGCCACAUUGCACUGUGACUAAUGGCAUAUAGCUGUGUCAGCUAUUUCUAGUGGUAAGGUUGGGUUCACAGAAGGUUUAUGAAUCCUCUGAGAAGAUCUACUUUAAGCCUAGAGCGAGCGCGAAACAGUAAGUAGGAGUUAAGAGGAUCCUCCGUUUGGUUGUCGGCACUAAAACAUGAGCACCUCUGUGACUCUCUCAUCGGGGCAGAGGAUGCCUCUGGUUGGCCUCGGCACAUGGAAGAGUGCUCCAGGUCAGGUGAAGCAGGCGGUGCUGGCAGCUUUGGACGGUGGCUACAGACAUAUUGACUGUGCGGCUGUGUACGGCAACGAACGGGAGGUUGGAGAUGCUUUGGCUCUUCGGGUGGGUCCAGGGAAGGCUCUGCCGCGUGACGAUGUGUUUGUGACUUCCAAACUCUGGAACACCAAACAUGAUCCCGAGGAUGUUGAAGAGGCUUGCAGGUCCAGUCUGACCCACUUGGGUCUCUCCUACCUGGAUCUCUACCUCAUGCACUGGCCCAUGGCCUUUAAGAGAGGGAAGGAGCUAAUGCCUCAACGAGACGAUGGGAGUAUUUGUUACUCUGACACUCACUACAGAGAUACUUGGAAGGCCAUGGAGAGCCUUGUAGAUAAAGGUCUGGUUAAGGCUAUUGGGCUGUCCAACUUCAAUGCAAGGCAGAUUGAUGACAUCAUCACCAUUGCCAGGCACAAACCUGUGGUGAACCAGGUGGAGUGCCACCCUUAUCUGUCUCAAGCAGACCUCCUGUCACACUGUCGGUCUUUAGCGGUUUGUGUGACAGCCUACAGUCCUCUGGGCAGCGGAGACAGACCCUGGGCUUCUCCUGAUGAGCCCAGUUUGCUGGCAGAUCCGCAACUCGCCGCCAUCGCUCAGAGGUACCAGAGAUCUCCUGCUCAGGUGAUACUCAGGUGGAACAUCCAGAGGGGGGUUGUGUGCAUCCCCAAAAGUGUGACGGCCUCCAGGAUCCAGGAGAAUUUAAGGGUGUUUGAUUUUUCCUUGUCUCCAGAAGACAUGAAACGUAUUGACUCCUUUAACCGCAACACACGUUUUGUUAUCCCAACAGUGGAGAGGGAUGGUAAGAAAGUGUGGCGGGAUGGAGAACAUCCUCAUUUUCCCUUUCAUGAUCCUUACUGAGCCAUCAAGAAACACAUUAAAGGCGAUUGUCAGAUAGAUGACGUGAAAAAAUAAAUGAAACUGAACCUCAA